AUGGAUCCGAUAUCUGCUGUGGGUAUUGCGAGUGCCGCUGUUCAAUUCAUCACUUUUGCUACGCAGUUCAUCUCUACCACGACUAAAUUCUACAAUUCUUCGUGUGAAUCACAAGAUUUUGUCUCAAACCUCAAUACAACCCAGUUGCAGGCCGACAAGUUUUACCAAAUCCUAAAUACGGCUUUCCAGGAGGUAUCCAAACAAUUGACAUCUGGCGACAGUGUUUUUCGUGACACCCCGACACUUGACCAUACUGCAGUUCAGGUUUCCAAUACAUAUGGUUAUAGUAAGCAAUUGGAGCAAGAAGCAGACAAUGGUACUCGGGAAUUGCAUCGCGUUUAUAGCGUCCUGCAAGAUGUUCUCCAAGAGUGCCAAAUAGAGUCUUUUCAUAUUCUGAAGGCGACAAAAGAAAUGAAUGGGAAAGACACGAAAGGAUCUAUACGCAAGAGCAUCAAGGCCACAUUGAAGGUUUAUGCCGGGGAAAAGAAAGUCAGAGGCGCAGAGGAGAAGCUCCAGAGGUUACAGGGACAAUUAACAACAGCCAUAACUACCAUUUCACAUAUUUACAACGUUCAACACACCCGUACGCUAGCCGCUCUCCGCAGAGAAAGCUUAAUGAUAGGCGCCCAGCAUUCUCAACAGCUAUCAGAGCUGCAAAAAACACUUGAAAGCUUCAUCAAGGACCGAAAACCACUCCAGAAUAGCGAUAUUUCUGCCGAACUAAACUUGCUUCAGAACAGGAUGGGUCAGUUUUCAAUCACUGAGUCAAGGGUCGGGACAGAGCUUGAUAUUAUUCAAUCCUUAUAUUUUGAUAUGAGGGAUCAUCGGCACACGGCAAUACCCGAGGCUCACCAACAGACCUUCCAAUGGGUAUUUACACCGCCUGGACACCAGACUGAAUGUAAGAACAAAACCAAACAAGAGGCUGAGGCCAAGCUGCUUCACUGGCUUGAGCAUGGGGACAGUAUCUUCUGGGUUACUGGCAAACCUGGAUCAGGCAAGUCAACAUUUAUGAAGUUUAUCGCCAACCACGACAAGACAAAGGAGGUUCUAUCGAGAUGGUCUCAUCCAGAUCGACCGAUUAUUUCUAGCUGCUACUUCCGGAGUUCUGGCACAGAGAUGCAAAGAUCCCUAAUAGGACUUCUACGGACUCUACUUCACGACAUCUUUCGAUCCCGCCCUGAAUUGAUCCGGACCGCUUGUCCUUCCCGUUGGGCCGCUGAGACCUCACAAAAAGACGAAUGGACGACAAAAGAGCUCCACGAGAUCUUAGCUCGCAUAUCCAAGCAGCGUGAAGCCCCUUACAAAAUUUGUUUUUUCAUUGACGGUCUCGAUAAGUUCAAUGGAGACCUUUAUGAGUUCUGCGAAAAUCUCAAAGAGAUUGCUAAGUGCAACAUCAAGAUCUGUCUGUCAAGCAGACCGUGGAAUGUAUUCGAGGACGCGUUUGGUGCAGGGAGUAUACCACGAAUCACUAUGCAUGAAAUGACAUGGCAUGACAUUCUACAAUACACAAGAGAUCGUUUGUGUACUCACUCCCGUUGGAAAGCCCUCACAUCAAAGUCAAAAAUGGCGACGUCUUUCGCGGAAGAAAUUACCAAAAGGGCCAAGGGCGUUUUCCUCUGGGUCGUUCUAGUCACCAAGGAAUUGCGUGAAGGGCUAACAGAGGGCGAUCGCUUCACUGACCUGGAGAGGAAACUAUCGAGCUUUCCUCGUGAGCUGGAGCCAUUCUUUAAACAGAUCCUGGACUCGGUAAGUCCUUGUUAUCACGAGCAUAUGGCUCGAAUGCUCAAGGUGGCUCUAUACGCCACGCAACCCAUGGACAUCAUGAUCUACUACUUUGUGGACACUGAGUAUGACGAGGAAGAUUAUUGGCAAAGUCUUUUGCCGAUCGAGCAGUCUUCAGAGUGGUUUCAUGAUAUGGCGAGUGACACGAUUCGUCGUAUUAACGGUCACUGUCGAGGAUUGCUCGAAGUGCAGCUGGGACAGGUUGCGUUUCUUCAUAGAACGGUUGCAGACUUCCUCGCUACUGCUGAAAUGUCAAAACUCCUUGAGAAAGCGCAUUCAAAGACGUUCAGUCCUGGUAUGUUAAUCUUGAAAGCCCAUGUCGGUUGGCUCAAAUCAUCUGGCCUCUCGAACGGAGCUUUCACGCUAUAUCAUGGGGCUAAAGGACAAUAUGGCACGGUAACAAAGGAAGACUUCCAACAUACUCACCUCUUCGUGAAGAUACGUGAAGCCAUGAAGCAAGCCUUAGUCCUUGAUCAGGACCCAGAAGUUCCGAAGGUCAAGUUGGAUGCACUAGUAGACGAGAUGGACUCUAUUAUGAACGAUAUGGCUACAACGGUCGAUGCAAGGUUCACUGAAGGCUUCCCCGAUGUUUACAAAUACACUUACAGGCUGUGCCGUAUACUUGCUUUACAGUUGCCACUCAUGGGAUAUCUCUCCCGUAAGUUGAAAAGUAUACCCAGCUUUCUUUGGAUAUUUGACCAGUCGCCCAUUUCAGUGGUGCUAUCAGACCCUUUCAAUUCAGAUGCAACAUGGCCGGUCGCGAGCUACGAAAAGUUGAAACUUGUUCUUGCAGCCGGUUCAAACCCAAACGAAUCAAUAUUGGGUGCCAUGCACCCCACAACAGUUUGGGCAAGAUUUCUCACGGAGAUACUCCCACAAUGCUCUCUCAAGUCCCUCACUGCAGCAAGCCCGAAAUUCCAGACUGCUUUAGAGGACGGCUUGAUCCAAAUACUUCUAGAGCAUGGUGCGAAUCCAAAGGUCAAAAUACGACUCAACGCAGCGAACACGGUAUCAGCUUUUACUUUAUUUGCUGCUGCUGCCUUCGAUUUGACAUGGAACAAAAACGUUGAGGAGAUGUAUUUCAAGUCGCUGGACCUUCUCAUCAAGGGCAAGGCUUCAUUCGACAAGAACAAUAAUUCUCCAACACAAAUAUGGGGAUUACAAGAAACAUUGAUAGAGUCUCAAGAUGAGGAAUUGGGAGAUUAUCAUGACAUUGUCCUCAGUCGCCUGCAGAAGGAGAUUGGUCGCGAUGAACCUGGUCGAAAAUCCUUUAUUGCCCGGUUAGUACGGGAGACCUUGCCAUAUGCCAGAGACGCAAACUGGCCUCUCCAGCUUUAUCAGCAUCAUUUGGAACGAGCACAGAGUGGAGAUUUAUAUCAUGAUGGGUGCCCAAAACGUGGUAUUGAGGAUAUGGAUUUCACCCAACGCAAUGAACACAAAAGGGUAAAAAGAAGUAGAGGGUUUUGA